UUUUUUUCUCUUUCAAGCCAAAAGUUGUCUAAACUUUGAUAGCUUAUUAGGAAAAAAACAUUUCAAAAACCACUAGUAACCUGCCAAUGUGAAAUUAUCUGCUCUUUGCUAAACUGAUUUGGGUGUUGUGUUAGGAGAUCUCAGGGAUCAGGAAAGUUUGCACAAGAUGAACUUGCAGUAUGAAGUGAGAUGCAAACAUCUUGUGUCAGUACAAGCCAGAACUGUUUUAUUUUCCUGAUUCACAGCUGCAUGACAAGUACUGCUGUUAUAUUUCAAUCAGCUCUGAAUAAUCUUUCCUCAGAUAGCGUAUUUCCAUUAUAAUUGCUAGUAUUUUGCUUUUCUGAGAUCUUUUAAGGAUCUACAGGCAUACAAAUAGAUCUAGUGUUGAUUAGCUGUUAGUCAGGACGUUGUGCAAUAUUCAGUAUUUUAUAGGAUUUGUUUCUUCAGUCAGUUUCUUAAAUUGGAAUUUGGAAGCCUAAUUAGGCAGUCUUCAUUUUUACUUUUUGCAUUUUCCAAACCACAGACAUAUUAUCAGAAUUAAACAGGAUAUUGUGUCUGAGGCAAAGCUUUUAGUCUCUCAAUAUUUCUGAAAGUCCAAAUAUGAGUUGGAGUUUUAAUCCUUUUUAAUCCUAACUUGGACAUUUAACAUGACUAGAAGACACAGGUGUUUUUUGUAAGAUUAUAGGAAAGUGACAGGAGAAAGCACGUGCUGGAGUACAUCCAUUGGUAGGUUAAUUUCCAGUUAUGGGUAAUCUGAUGCAGAAGAAUAAAUUAAAUAACUGUUCUCAGUUGUUCAGUGUGUCAGGAUUGUUUCAAGGCAGGGCAGUGCUCAGUCUAAUACCCCAACUCUUGUUGUCACUCUCCAGUACAGGGUUACCCAGUGCCAGUGAAACAGGUGACAGUGUUCAAUAAAUACAGCAGCUGCAGAAGGCUGAGGAGUCUCACAAAGCUGUAGGAAAGAAUUACAUUAGGCUGUAAAUGCUGCUGUGCAGCAGCUAUGUUCAUUUCUGUCAUUUCUGUGUGACUUCACAGUGAGCUUUGUCCUUGUGCUUCAGAGUGUCACAAAUGUGAUGGUGGCAUGCUGGCUGGAGAGGCCAGGAGCCUUUUGUAACCUGGCUGUGGUACUGAAAAUACUCAGUCCCCCUCUCCAGUGCUUUGCAGUACACCGCCUGAAUUUCUCAAUACUGUGACAAACUUCCCACAUUACAGUUUCAGUCUUACAGUGACACUGAUGAGUGCUUCCAAAGCUGACAUACUGAUUGCUCUUCAAAUGUAGUGUGCAAUUUUACAAUGAUGUAAAACAGACGGUCAUGUUUAAAAAAUGUCUCGGACCUGUUUGUGAUGGGAGGAGCUCUAAUUCUAGAAUCGGCAGCUCUUUUGCACUGGCUAGAGAGAGAAGGCUAUGGACCACUAGGGAUGACUGGAAUAUCCAUGGGAGGACAUAUGGCUUCACUGGCAGUGACAAACUGGCCUAAACCAUUGCCACUGAUUCCAUGUCUUUCCUGGUCGACAGCCUCUGCAGUCUUCACUACGGGUGUGCUGAGUAAGGCAGUGAACUGGAGAGAGCUGGAGAAACAGUAUUUUACACAAACUGUGUAUGAAGAGGAAAUCAUUCAAAUGCUUGAAUAUUGUGGAACGGAUUCUUUCAAGAUGGGACAAGACUUUGUGAAGAACUUCCCCGACAGUGUGGACAGUCUGGCGGACAUGGACGUGACUUCCAGAAUAUUCAGCUUUGAGUCCUUGAAUGACUCUGUAUCCAAGGAAUCUGUUCACAGCUUUGCCACAAAUAGAAGUGCUCUAAGUGCCUCUUCAGAAAGACUCUUAAUGCAAGAUGCUCCUAAAAUGCAGUGCAUAAAUCAAACCUUUUCCACCAGUAGUAGUAGCAAUAAAAACUUAACCAGCCCACAAGGACACAGGAUAAAUACAAGGAGAAGGAGUGACACUUUACAGAGAGAAUCCUUAAUGUUCAUGAAGGGAGUAAUGGAUGAAUGUACCCAUGUAGCUAACUUCCCAGUUCCAGUUGACCCAAGUUUAAUCAUAGUAGUACAAGCCAAGGAGGAUGCGUACAUUCCGCGCACCGGCGUGCGCAGCCUCCAGGAGAUCUGGCCAGGCUGUGAAAUCAGGUAUCUGGAUGGAGGUCAUGUCAGUGCCUACCUCUUCAAACAAGGACUUUUCAGACAAGCGAUUUACGACGCGUUUGACCGCUUCCUCCAGAAAUACACCAUGUGAUCUUUCUAAUGCAUUCAGACUGAUCUCAUUUGUAAUUCAGCUUACUGGAACUCAUGUUUGGAAAACAAGCCUCUUGUAGUGUUGAGCAGAUGGUCACUGACUGUUGUAGGUAACAAUUACCAGAAGUGGUAAAGUACCAGCAUUGCUUUCAUUUCAACCCAGUGCCAUUCUGACACAGCUGCUUCAGCAUUACCUGAGGAAAAAACAACAGCAGCAUUUGUCAGUGCAUGAGUGGUUCAUGUACUUCAUGUCCAAUCAGAUUGUGUGUUCCUUCAAUUCUGAAUAAAUUCUGAAUCGUGUGUCAGUAGAAAACAGACCAAUCAAGUGUUGGAAGAAUGUAAAAUGUGCUGUGGGGCUAAGCUGCUCUCUUGUGUUUAGUGUAGUUUUGGUUCGUUCCAGAUACCUCGGUUACCUCUUGCUUCCUCAUGGCCUUGCUGUUCCUAUUGUGUUGUACCGUGGCUUUGCCAGCACUCAGCCUCUCGUGUUUGUCACUGCUUUUCUCUUCAAUUAUGAAUUGAAAAUGAGCCUUAGCAGAAGGCUCAGCACCACGUCUUGCAAAGAGAGACUUUGACAAUUCAAGGAAAAGUGAGAGAGAGAUGUUUUCAUUCAAUACAUCCGUGAAGUUUUUCUGCCACUGAAUUAAACCGUGCCAUUACAGGAGGAUCAUGUAGCAUUCAUCAGCCAGGUUCACAAAACUGGAAUAAGUGAAAAUCAAGUGUCUGGUAAUUAAUUGUUUACAUUAAUUCAGUUGGAUAACAUAAGCUUUCAGAUUUCUUUUUCUUUUAUGGAAUGAUAGAUGAAAUAGAAAUAUUAUCAUUUUACUUUCUAAGCACUGGCUGAUUCUAAGCAGUUAAACUGACAGCAGAUUAUAUGGUGCUAUAAAGACCUGUUGGAAAUACUUCAACAGAUGUCCUUUCUAAAGUGCACUCAGCACUGAUAUGCAAAAUACACUUGCACUGUAUAAUUUAAAAGAUACGUGAGACUAAAGGUUAUUGAAACAGUUAGUUUUGCUCCUUGUUUUUCAACACUUGUCUUUUUUAAUCAGAUGGAAAAUAAAGAAACUUGGAUUUUGAAUGCAUUUAAGAAAAUCCAAAGUCUGUUCUUUCCACUUUUGGGAUCAAAAAUGCCAACAAAUUACAGUAGAAUAAAAGGUUGUCAUGUACCAACUGUGUGGGUAUCUCUCCACAUAUUUUGUUUUUUUGUGGUACUCUCCUAUAACAUUCUUUUAAAACCAAUUUGCAGAGAAGUUGAAAACUGAAGCACUUCAGUAUUUAGUAAAGUCCACAACCAAGAUUACUCUGAAACAAAAAGAAAAAUCCAGCCAUUUCUCAGGAUGUGUGACUUCUGCACCUUUCCAACACUUUUGAUCUCCAUGGUUACUGUAAAGGUUUUUAGCAGGCAGAGUAUGGAGCAAACAAAGCCCAGUUUACAUAUUCUCUUGAAUUUUAGUCAGGUACACAGGACUGGUAGCUGAAGAAAUCAUGGUUCAUUUGAAAAUCAGGUGUGUUCAGAUAAAAUGGAAGAGCAGCAAUUUUGAAUAACCCAAAUGAUGUAACAUACAAAUUCACUGAAAACACAGAAGAGGUUCUAUUCUGUUGGAAGUUAAAUUGCUUCUUUCAAGCGGUUUUUCAUCAUUUCCUUGGACAGCGUUGGUUUUGUAUACAGGGAGCCAGUGUGACGUGACUAGCACAUUUAAACACCAAAUAUUUGGAGGGUUUGAAAUGAAAUAUUAUUAAAUUUACAAAUUUAAAAUGGAAGUCUUGACUAGUGUACUAAAAGAUUCACAGCGUUUGCAAGCACAUUCAUCAACUAGGAGUGCUUUACCAGAGCACUGUCCGCUGUUCAGCAGCUUUUGUAGCUCUCACAUUUUAAAUGUAAUUGUGUGCUUUGUGUCCUGCUUCUGUUGCAGCUAUGAGAAAGGGAGAUAACUGGUGGCAAGGGAAAGGGCUUGAAUAAAUGCAAGAGAGAAAAGACAGAUUUUGUAAAGGCCAGGAGUAAGCACAAAAAAAAAUCAACUAUGCUACAAAGUAUAACAUGCCAAAGUAAAUAUUUUCAAAGCGCACAAUACCGGGAAUUACACAACUGAUGGGAACUCUGCAUCCUGAGGUUGGUGUCCCGAUGGUAUUACUAACAAGGUUUGACUUACCAAAAGGGCACAGAAGGAUGUUUAGGCUAAUAGCACUCCUGCUGUGAGAGUGUCUUUGGGGACAAACGCUGCUCCUGGUUCUGAGAGUGUCUUUUGGGACAAGCAGUGAAAGACUGGCUUCUGACAAGAAUAAGGAAUCGCACUUUGCUCAGUAACUGAAGUUGCCAAAUGUGAAAGCCCAGUAAGCAUUAUUUAAGAAAUUUCUCAGGUUAGAAUAACAAAAAAAAAAAAAAAAAAGAAAAAUGAGCUCAGUGGUCUGUUUCUGCCAGUUAUCAGACAUAGGGAGCUGGUCUGUGAAGGGGGUAGUCUUGCUGUGUAUGUGUUUUUAACCCUUGAAAAAUCGACUUUUUAAAUCAUAUUUUAAGGUUAAAUCCUAAGAAAGUAUAAAUAAUCCAUUUUGAUGUUAAAUGAGAAUGUGGUUUUAAUCCAGAAGUUGCAUGAGAGAAAUAUUGUAAUAAGGUUUCUUCUGUGUAACAGGUAAGCCAUUCUGUAUGUCUUAAAUUUAUUGUAAAACUGGCCUUGGUAAUUUUUUGGUUUUAAAUUUUUUCAAUAAAAGUCCUAAAAA